UUUACCUUGUUAUUGUUUUGGUUCCUCGACUCGCUCUUCUGCACGAGGCCGCCGCGAAGGGAAAUAUUACAGAAAAAGCCUUGAAAUAUUGUGUUUAUUGCUUGAUAUAGUGUAAGGAAAAGCGCAAAAGCAAGGGAGAAGAUAAGUGUGAAAAGUCCGUGAUGUGAUUCUGAUGCCCCGCUUUUUGUCGCUGCAGCUUCCGCAAUGGCACCGCAUAAUUUCACCCCAAACACCAGCUGCGGGCCAUGUCUCUACUGUGGCCGGAGCUCUGAGGGGCGGCCGGAGGAGCUGCUGGCCUGCGAGCUGUGUAGGCGGCCGUUACACAUAGCCUGCCUGCGUGAUGGCCUGCCUCAGACGUCGCUCUUAGGGGACAACUUCUUCCGGGUGACCUGCAUGGCUUGUUCUCUUGACGGAAAGGAGCGUGUUGUGAGGCCGAAUUUGAGCAGCCUCCACAUCCUGCUCCUGAUCCUCUACAACAUCCACCAGACACAGGCGGACUCCUCCAAGGUCGGCUUCUUCCACUGGAAAGUCCACGUCAUCCGCUUCCUUACGAACCACUGGAAGGAGUUUGAGAGUCCCGAGAUGCCGCGCAAGAGGAAGAAGCUGAUUCAGAACUCCCUUAGUGGCCAGCUCUCACACUACACCAAGUUCUUCGUCAGCGGGCAGUCCUUGUUGGAUGAAGGGGGCUGGUACAAGUUGGUCCGAGUGGUGCCUCCCGCCCGGGCUCUACUCGGGGUCACGUCGGGGCUUGGGGGCAAGGAAGCGGGAACGGAAGAUAUGCCGGGAGAGGUAGAGCCCUCAUCCGUGCACCAACCUCCACCGCCGCCAUCCACGAUAAAGAGUGAACCACAGGAGGCGGAUGAAUGGACUUACCCCGACCCCUCCGCAUCCAACUGGUUCACCGAGCGUGGCAUUCUCACCCCGAACUCGCUCCCCCCCAAGGCUCUUUUUGAGGGGGAAGAGCGGUGUGAGGAGGACGAGGAGGAGGAGGAGGAAGAGAGGACAGGAGGAGGAGGAGGUGGAGGAGGAGGAGGAGGACCAGGACCAGGAGGAGAGAGCGAAAGUGUUACUGAUUUCCAUAAAAGAUUGGCAGAAAUGAAGCAGGAAAUUACAAUAAAAGAGGAAGAAGCAACAUUUGAAGGGUUUGAAAAUACCGCGCAGAGAGAAGAAAAGGAAGAGGAGGAAGAGUGUGAUGUCGAGGAGGGCAUGGAAGAGGAAGGAGGACUCGGAAAUAUCAAGGAAGAGGAUGACGGAGGAGGAGGAGGAGGAGAGAUUAAAUAUUUAUCCAAAAAUCUCUCUCUCUUCCCUUCCUCCUCCUCCUCUUCCGUUCCGCCUCUCUUCCUCCACUCUGGUUCUCCGCCCUCCACUCAUUCCUACAAAAAUCUGCGGCGGAUGAACUGCUAUGAAGAGAAGAUCCUGUUGCGUCAUCUCGAGAGGAAGGCCACAGCCGCCCCCGGUCGCCCCCUCCCCCCUCACCUGUACCGACUCCGGCGCAAGCUGGCGGUCAGACGGCAGAAGGUGGAGCACGGCCUUCCACUCUUUAACCUGGAUGAGGAGAUGGAGCACUGGCGGAGGUAUGGGCGGAUGAGGACCAAGAGGGAGCGGAUGACCCAGCAGGGGAUUGCCAGGGACGCCAUCCACCAACACUCAUCCGCUUCUGGUGUUAGGAUACUUGAUAGGUUCCAGGUGGCCCGGCAGUACAAGGAACACAGGGAGGAUCACAACAUCAGCUUUGCGGCUCGUCUGGGCGGGAGCGAUGCCACGCCAGCUGUCAUACGCAGCCCAUACACCCUCAGGUACCUCAAGCCCUACAUUCUCCGAGACCACAGCUGCACCCCCCCUAAGCUACAGCUGUUGCGGGAGAUUGUCGCGCACCACCACCGAGGGGAGGAGGGGUGGCGCCCAUCCCCCCCGCCCCCCAUAGACUACUGCUAUGUCACCCCUCGGCACAUCCCCGCCAUGAACCAGCUGGCGCAUCACUUCUUCUGGCCUGGGGUGGACUUGUCCGAGGUCCUGCAGUACCCCGAUCACACCUGCGUCGUGCUGUACCGUCACCUGGUGGUCGGGUUUGGCGUGCUGGUGCCGGAUACGAGCUACAACGAGGCCUAUCUCUCCUUCCUGCUGGUGCAUCCCGAGUGGCGCCGGGCGGGCAUUGCGACCUUCCUCCUCUACCAUUUGAUACAGAGCUGCCAGGGGAAGGACGUGACCCUGCAUGUCUCGGCGACCAACCCGGCUCUGAUCCUGUACCAGCGUUUCGGAUUCAAGGUGGAGGAGUUUCUCUCGAACUUCUACGACAAGUACCUCCCAGACGACAGCCCUGAGUGUAAGCAUGCCAUGUAUAUGCGGCUAGGUAGGUGAUGAUGUAUGUGUGUGUGUGUGUGUGUGUGUGUGUGUGUGUUUACCUAUUUGUAGUCUACCGAGCCCAAAUUCUAAUAGUCCCGUCUCCAUAUCGGCAUUUAUCUAGCCUUUCCUUCAUUGUGUGUGUGUGUGUGUGUGUGUGUGUGUGUGUGUGUGUGUUGUUUGUAGCCAAGUAAAUAAAUGCACGGAGGAAAGGUAUCGUUUUGUCCUAUCGCCCAAUUUACUUCUUCUACAGGUUGGGCUAGAAGUCAUGUGUAUGUUUUUUGGCCCUAUGUGUGUGUGUGUGUGUGUGUGUGUGUGUCAUCGUUUAGUUGCAACGUGAAGAAUAAUUGAUGUUUGUUCAUUUGUUAGAUACCUGUAAAUAAAGUCUGAUGUAA